CCGAACGAGAAUAAGUUUGUUGCAGGCAUUUUGUCUUGAUCAAAAAUAAUGUCUAUCACCUCAGAAACACCCAAACUUCCCGAUGACUUCGGUUUGGACAUGGAGAACCGGGAUCCUGAAAGUCUCAACGUGCACGUCAGGGUGCUUUUCGAAGAUGUCUUGGCGGAACCUCUGGGCGCACACAGCCCGGAAGGCAUUUGGCGAUGUGUUUUUAAGAUGUUCAUCUGUUCUAAGGACAUGUGCUACAAGAUACUCAGCUACUUAUGUGCAGUGCCCGCCGCGAUAUGCUGGGGAUGCAACUUCGCCUGUGUCAGUUUCAGUCACGUCUACGCGAUCACACCAUGCCUGAAAGCUUACGUCAUGAACAUCGGAGCUUGUAAGAUGAUCUACGGUGCUACAGUGCGCAUGUGCUGUGAUCCGUGCUAUGAAGCGUGUGGUCGCAUGCUCAGUGACAUAAGGGUCACUCAUGUCAACGAGUAGCCAUCAACAUACAGUGCCCGAUACUGGUUAAUAGCCGCCUCAAAUCUACGAUAUAGUUUCAAGUCUCACUCAAUAGAAACGUGUUAUUUCUGAAUAAAUUACACGAUUAUAUACAUAUCUACCUCACAUCACGUGAUAAUAUUUGAGUACAAUUAUAGAGACAAUAUUGAUAAGUUUUGUAUUAAUAUUUUUGUAGUACAUUUAGCUGACUUUAAUUGAUUUAGAAUAUUGUUAACUAAACAGGUAGAUUACGUAAACAAAUUUGUACGAAUUUGUUUAAACAAAAUGCGCAUGCCCAUUUAAUAACAAGUACGUAUUUGUAAUUGAAAAUUCAUUGCGCAUAUACAAACAUGACACUUUAAGAGCUAAUUAUUACACGAGGUGCAGCAGCAUUGCUUUUACAUUUACGCGUACAUUCUCCGCCAAAUUAUCGUAUUCCCCUAAUAUGUGCAAUAUUUACGAUUUAUUUGUCAAACGCGUAAAGCUGAAUCGAGGCCUGUGUUUAUUAUACAUAUACCAAUCGCGACCUCACUCUAUUUAUGAAGGCACAAUGUAUUUUAAUUUUAUAACUAAUUAAUUAUCAUAUUGUUAUUCACACUACAAGUAUCAAUAAAACACAGUUUUCUA